AUCUGCAGAGAGGACAAGUUGUGUGGUUAUUACCAAACCAUUUAUCCAAACAAGCUGAGUGAAAGUAAUGCUUGCAGGACACUAACUCACUCACCUCUUCCUCCUCUUUAAACCCACAAAGACACACACAACAGUCCAUAGCUUCUCUCUCGUUCCUGCUUCCUCUGUUCUCACACAGAGAUUCAAAGUGUGUGAUUGAGAUUCUUCUUCUUCUUUUUGAAUCCUCAUGAUCUUGGUCGUCCUCUUUGUUCCUUGCCUCAUUGGUCUCAGAGCUCACCAUGUUGACAACAGAUCUUACCAUGUUCUUUACUAGAGACACUGAAACAACUGUGUUCAUUACUAGCAUUGGCAUCACUCCUUCAGACGCUGUCGGGUCAAAACGCGUGGUAUCACGCGUAAGGUACUAGACCAACACAUGAUUGUGACUGUGUCACGAAAGUCUCUGACACGUGGUUCUAAGCAAGUGC